UCAUCUCGAACUUGUGUAAGUUAUUUUGCUAGUCUGAUCCGAUACCUUUUAGUGUCUCCCUAUUUGCCUGUAUCACCGAUCAUCAUGUCUACUCCCGCCGCCGCACCCGCCAAGCCGAAGAAGGCAGCCGCGAAGUCUACCAAGCCCGCUGGUCCCUCCUACAUGGAGCUCGUUAAAGAGGCCAUUGUAGCUUUGAAGGAGCGUGGAGGUUCCUCUCGCCAAAAAAUCGUCAAGUACGUCUGUGCUAAAUGCCCAGGCAAAGAACCAAGCACCGUCAACACGCAGUGCAAAAUGGCCUUGCGUCGUGGCGUCGAGAAAAAAAUCCUCAAUCAAAAGAAGGGAACUGGUGCUUCAGGCAGCUUUGCCAUCAACAAGGAGGCGGCUAAGGCGGCUAAGCCUAAGCCCAAGAAGGUCAAGAAGCCAGCCGCAAAGAAGCCUGCUGCAAAGAAGUCCGCAGCGAAGAAAACCGGCGCUAAGAAGGCCACCACCCCCAAGAAGAAGCCCGCUGCGAAGAAGCCGAAGGCCACCACCCCCAAGAAGAAGCCCGCAGCGAAGAAGCCCGCAGCAAAGAAGCCUGCAACGAAGAAGCCCGCAGCGAAGAAACCCGCUACAAAGAAGCCUGCAGCAAAGAAGCCCGCAGCAAAGAAACCUGCUGCAAAGAAGCCCGCAGCGAAGAAGGCAGCCAAGAAAGCCUAAGUACAUAAACUUGUAUUAGUGACUGGAGAUAUUUAGGCGAUCGAAUAUGCAUGACCACUGUUCUUUCACAAAACAUCUGCGACUUCAUCAAAUUAGGAUGCAAAAUUAUGCUGGUUCAUAGUUUUCGGAAUAUGUUUUGUUUGCCUAGGAUUCAAAACUAGUUGUCUUGUAAGCUCGUAAUUCUCUCUCUGAUCCUAGCCGCUCAUUUCUACCCAGAGAUCCAAACCUUAUUCUUUUUGAAGCUUCACGAAACACAUGCUUUAUGUCUGUUAUAUCUGUAACGUCUUCCAUUCGAGCUUGAGAUUCAUACUGUCGAGUGCAACUGAGUGAUAGUUAAAAUGUAAAAAUUAA